AUGGUAGUUAAAGAGACUUUAAGGCUUCACCCAGGAAAUCCCUUGUUGCUUAAAGAAAGCAUGAAACACUGUAUGAUCGAUGGAUACAAUGUAUAUCCCAAAACGACGGUCUUAAUAAAUGCAUGGGAAAUCGGGAGAAAUCCUAAGUACUGGCAAAAUCCAGAAGAGUUUUUGCCAGAGAGGUUUAAAGAUAGGUCUCAUGAUUUCGCUGCAAGUCAUUACAAUUUUGAAUAUUUACCCUUUGGGGGUGGUCGAAAGGGUUGCCCUGGAAUUAGCAUGGGGCUUGUGUUAACAGAGCUCGUCCUUGCAAACGUAUUGUAUGCUUUUGACUGGGAAUUACCAAAAGGACUGAAGAAGGAAGACAUAAACAUGGAGGUAUCAUCAGGGAGUAGUGUUCAUAAGAAAUAUCCACUUGAACUUGUUCCCAUCGAGACUAUAUACGGUUAG